AUGAAGUUAUGGAAAGGUGCUACUUUUGCCUUCAUGCUCUGUGGUGCAGCACUGUCCAUCCUCCUCACUAGAAACAUGGCCGCCGUCGGACACGUCAAGCCGAGGACCAGGUAUCCCCACGCCUCUUCAUCCUCGCCGAAGUCAUCAUUGUCACCGAGAGCGCCGCCGUCCUCCGCGCCGCCGCCGCCGCCGCCGCCUCAGACAAUGGGUGGUCUGCGGAGGAGAAGCCGGUCAGCGGACAGCGUGAACUCUUUCCUCUCAGAGUUUUCCAAGCUGUUCCAGAGCUUCACGGAGGGUGAGCUGAAGCAGAUGGUGGACAACUUGCUGGACAGGAAGAGACGGAAAAGCCGGCGCCUGACCAGGAACCAGGCGCGGAGGACUAAGCGAGCCCGGAGGCCCAAGUCCUGCUCCUUGAGGGAGCUGGAGCUGACGGUGAGCGAGCUGGGCCUCGGCUAUGAGAGCGACGAGAUCCUGCUGUUCCGCUACUGCAGCGGCAAGUGCGACAGCCACCGGCACAACUACGACAUCACCAUGAGGCACAUGAAGCAGACGGCCUUCGGCAAGAGGAACCGCAACGACAAGGUGAGCAACGGCCCCUGCUGCCGGCCGACCAAGUACGAGGAGGACAUCUCCUUCCUGGACAACCAAAGCCGGUACCACACGAUACAGAAUGUGUCUGCUCAGGAGUGUCGCUGUGUAUGA